GUUGUGUCACUUGAAAAAAAUAUAAUUUGCACCUCUCGUCGUCGGAUUUUCAUUGGAAAACCAAUCGAAGAAUUCUUUGUUAAAUACGAGCAGAUUGCAGCAGACGGAACGGAAAAGCCUGUGAAAUUAUUUGUUGUCUUAUAAAAACUCGUCGCAAACCGCCCGAGGGCCAAGCCGAUCUGAUUUUACGCAGAAUAGAAAAACCGAUUUUCAGUGCGUGUGUGUGUGUGGGAAGCAGCAGAAAAGAUGGCAGCGAGCGACAAAUCUGUGGAUGACUCCCUAUAUCCCAUCGCGGUUCUCAUCGACGAGUUGAAAAACGAGGAUGUUCAGCUCCGCCUGAACUCCAUCAAAAAGCUGUCCACCAUUGCUUUGGCUUUGGGCGAGGAGCGCACUCGGUCUGAGUUGAUCCCCUUCCUUACUGAGACCAUCUACGAUGAGGAUGAGGUGUUGCUGGCGUUGGCGGAUCAACUGGGCAACUUUACAAGUCUCGUGGGCGGACCCGAGUUUGCAAUGUACUUGAUUCCACCACUCGAGAGUCUGGCCACCGUGGAGGAGACCGUGGUGCGUGACAAGGCCGUUGAAUCCCUGCGGACUGUGGCCGCUGAGCACAGUGCCCAGGAUCUGGAGAUCCAUGUGGUUCCGACGCUGCAGCGUCUCGUUUCGGGCGACUGGUUCACCUCGCGCACAUCGGCCUGCGGCCUUUUUUCGGUCUGCUAUCCUCGUGUCACUCAGCCCGUGAAGGCAGAGCUGCGUGCCAACUUCCGCAAGCUGUGCCAGGACGAGACGCCCAUGGUGCGACGUGCUGCAGCUAAUAAGCUGGGCGAGUUCGCCAAAGUCGUGGAGACCGAGUACCUCAAGUCGGACUUGAUCCCCAACUUUGUGCAGUUGGCUCAAGAUGAUCAGGACUCUGUUCGUCUUCUGGCCGUGGAGGCUUGUGUCAGCAUCGCCCAGCUGCUGCCCCAGGACGACGUGGAGCACCUGGUUUUACCCACACUCCGUCAGUGCGCCAGCGACUCGUCGUGGCGAGUGCGCUAUAUGGUGGCCGAGAAGUUUGUGGACUUGCAGAAGGCUGUGGGUCCAGAGAUUACGCGAGUAGACCUGGUGCCAGCGUUCCAGUACUUGCUCAAGGACGCCGAGGCCGAGGUACGCGCUGCCGUGGCUACCAAGGUGAAGGAUUUCUGUGCCAACCUGGACAAGGCCAACCAGGUGCAGAUCAUUCUCAGUUCCAUUUUGCCCUAUGUUCGCGAUCUGGUAUCGGAUCCGAAUCCACAUGUCAAGUCGGCUCUGGCCUCUGUCAUCAUGGGCCUAAGUCCCAUGCUGGGCGCCUAUCAAACCGUGGAGCAGCUGCUGCCGCUUUUCCUCAUACAACUCAAGGACGAGUGCCCGGAAGUGCGCCUCAAUAUUAUUUCCAACUUGGACUGCGUGAACGAUGUUAUUGGCAUUCAGCAACUGUCGCAGUCCCUGCUGCCCGCCAUCGUUGAGCUGGCUGAGGACUCCAAGUGGAGGGUGCGCCUGGCUAUCAUUGAGUACAUGCCCGCUCUGGCAGGCCAGUUAGGACAGGAGUUUUUCGAUCAAAAGCUGCGCGGUCUCUGCAUGGGCUGGCUCAACGAUCACGUGUAUGCCAUUCGCGAGGCUGCCACACUCAACAUGAAGAAGCUAGUCGAGCAGUUCGGAGCCCCCUGGGCUGAGCAGGCCAUCAUUCCCAUGAUCCUGGUUAUGUCGCGCAACAAGAACUAUUUGCACAGAAUGACAUGCUUGUUCUGCCUGAAUGUUUUGGCCGAGGUCUGCGGCACAGAUAUCACCACCAAGCUGCUGCUGCCCACAGUUCUUUUACUCGCCGCCGAUCCCGUCGCUAAUGUUCGCUUCAAUGUGGCCAAAACCCUGCAGAAGAUCUCCCCCUUCCUGGAGGCCAGCGUUAUUGAUGCCCAAGUGAAGCCCACUCUCGAUAAACUGAAUGCGGACACGGAUGUGGACGUCAAGCAUUUUGCUGCACAGGCCAUUGCCGGUAUAGCAGCAGCGUAAUCAAUCUUCUUGCAUCUUUUUUAUUCUAUUUUUAAAUUGUAUGUAUUUAACGCCCGGCAAAACAUAUGUAGCAACAACACUUAAGAAUGGAAAAUUGUAGUGGAUUCCCGGAAGAAGGUGUUUGACGCCACAGAGCCACUGCUAAAGGAUGGGAGUCGUCGUCGUCGUCGUCGAGAAUUCGAGAGCAGAGGAGAGGAGCCAACUACUAUGCCAUCAUAUGCAAGCGAGAGCCACUAAACGCGACACACAGCUAAACAUUAUUACUUACAUACUUAUAUUAUAAAUAAAAAAUUACCACAUAAGCAUAAAGAUCAUUAAAACAUGUGUAGAGUUUGGAAAAUUUGAUAGCAUCUGAAUGCAAAAAUAAAAAUAAAAAAUAAAAAAAUUGUAGUAAAACAAUGGAAAA